UAAUUUAAGAAAUCUAGUAUCAAGAUGGAUUAAUAUAUUAGAAGAUAAAUCAAAUGAAGAUAAUAAAAAUAAACAAAUUAAUAGUAAUAGUGAUGAUGAAGAGCUUAAAAUUAAUAUUACAAAUAUUUCAAAUUUAUCUUAUUCUACUAAAGAUCAAAAUUUCAAAUAG